AUGAAAAUAUUUCAGAUACAAAGGCAUUCUUCUGGGAGGCAGUCCAUGGAUUUAGAGCGUGAUUUAAGUUUAUCUGAUGACAGUGAUGAAGAUGUCACUCAUCCCACAAAUUAUCAACCAAAACCAAUAAGCAAUCCGCCUGUGGCUAUAUGUGCAUUGGAAGUUAAACCUAUCGUAAGGAGUCCAUCUCCAGCUUGUAAUAAUAACUCCAGCAGCAAUGACACAGGUGAAUCUGGUUCGGAGAGUUCCAGUUCCAGCGAUGACACUACUGAAGAAACUGCACCUACUAAAAAUGAUCCAGAAAUAUGUACGACGCAUACACCUGCCUUAGUAUCUCCGUUACCUGAAAUUGAAACUGAAUCGAAAACUCGCUGGAAUUUAGCUUCCUUCUUUAAUAAAACCGAGAAUACUCGCGAAUCUCCCAGCAUACCAAACACUAUAGAGCAUGUAGACAGAUGCCCUCCAUCAUCAGUAUUAUUUCAAAAAAGUUCAAAAAAUCAACCAGAUGAAUUAGACUGUUUCAGUUGCACAAAAGAUAUUGAAGAGGUCUUAGCUGAAGCUAAGAAUAUAAAACCUGAAAGUUUGCUAUCAAGUUUAGAGGAUAGUGAUAAUGAUACAUACCCAAAAUCCAAUACUAGGAAGAAAAGGCGCUGUACUAAGACUCGUUUGCCUAGUUUAGUAGAUUCCGACUCGAGCGACGAUGAGCCAACUCAUUCAAACGAUUUUUCAUCGUCGUCGACUAAAGCUGUCUCCGGUGAUGACAGGUUAUCAAAGAUUUCAAUGGAAAAACUAGAUACGGUCUCAGAUGAGAAGCAAAAUAAGACUCGCGGAAGGCCUAAAAAAAUCAAACAAACUAAUUCAGACAGCGAGAAACAAGCCAAGAAGCGUGGCCGUCCUCCUAAUAAGUCCAGACCUUCCAUCAGUGGAUCAGAAAAUGAGAAAAAUAAGCGAAGGGGUAGACCAGUUAAAAGUAAAUCUAAAGUGAAUUCCGGUAGUAGUAGUGAUGAUACAGAUAUUUCUAAACCAUCCCCAAAUAAAAAUAACAAGACAAAUAGGAGUAUGAACAGUGAAUCGGAAGACAACGCGAAAUUUACUUGUAGCAAUAA